UGUGUGUGUGUGUGUGUGUGAGAGAGAGUGCCUCACUUGCUGCAUGCACUGCGUCGGUGGGAGUCGGUCAGCAGCGCUGCCUCCUCUUCCCCACUUGCUGCCGCACAAAAGUCCCCCGGCUCCCACGGCAAUGAGGUCCCUCUUCGUCUUCCGCUUCUUCUCCGGUGCGAUCCGGAUCAUCUUCCUCCUGUGUUGCUGUGUUUCUCACGCUGGCUGCAAAGCUCCAUCGCCUUGCCCGAGCGGACAGUUUCUGCUGAAGAGCCAGUGCGUCCUCUGUCAUCCCACCUGCUUUGAGUGCCAGGGGCAUGAGCUGUUUGAAUGCACUACCUGUGGAGUGGAUGAAGAUGGACAGGAACGUUUCCUCCACCAAGGUCGCUGUCGGACCCACUGCCCGCGGGGACUGUAUCCUGACAGGGGUCACUAUGCCUGCCUGCCCUGCAAAGCCAACUGUGAACUCUGCACAGAUGGCAACAUAUGUGCCAAAUGUCGAGAACACUACAAACUCCACAAUGGGCUUUGCCAAACAGCGCUCUGUGAUAUAGGACAGGUUCAGGAUCCUGACACCGGCGAGUGCAUUGACUGUGAAAUAGGCUGUAAAACAUGUUCCACAGAAGAGCCAGAGAUGUGCAACAGCUGUGCCGAAGGUUAUUUUCUUUUCAGACACCAGUGUCGCAAGCACUGUCCCCGCAGCACAUAUGAGGACUGGAGCAGGGGUGUGUGUUUGUCCUGUCCCACAUCCUGCACAGACUGUAGGAGUGACGCACGCUGCCUUGCCUGCCAGCCUGCUUACUUCUUAUAUGGAGACAAUUGUGUUCAACAAUGCCCGCAGCAGACCUUCACUGACACCACUGGGUGGCGCUGUGAGUCUUGCCACAGCUCCUGCCAGACAUGUCACGGGCCUCGGUCUACAGACUGUGACCUUUGUCUUGCCGGAAACCCUCCUCUUCAUGGGCAGUGCCCUCUGGCUAACUGCCCAUUGGGCCACUACUUUGAUGCUGAAUAUGCUAAAUGUCACACCUGUGACAUGUCCUGCAAGACCUGCUUUGGCCCACAACCACUGGAUUGUUCCUCUUGUUUUGAAGGCUAUUUCCUGGACCAGGAAAGUUCUUGUGUGGUGCAGUGUCCCUCCGGCUCCUACGCUAACUCCGCCACUCAGCUGUGUGAGAGCUGCUCGCCUAACUGCGAAGCUUGCGUGGGCGCCAGCGAUAACUGCAUCAGCUGCUCCAAGCAGGGCAGCUUUAAGCUCUUUCUCCACCAAGGGAUGUGCUGGUCAAAUUGCCCAGAGGGUUACUUUGAGACAGCAGAGGGGUCAUGUGACGCCUGCAACACUCCCUGCCUCACGUGUGACGCUGUCAGCACAAAGUGUCUGUCCUGCACUGACGGCCACUACUUGGAGGGCGGCGUGUGCACGCUUAACUGUUCACUGGGCACGUACCCUGCAGACGACGCCACCUGCAGACGCUGCCCCCCACAUUGCGACGUCUGCGCCGAUGACAGGACCUGUUACAAAUGUAGUUUCUUAUACCUGAUGCUAAAUGGCGCAUGUAAGGCUAAUUGUCCAAUGGGCUACUAUGAGGACCUGGAUGUGGGCCGCUGCGGUCUAUGCCACCCCACCUGUGGCAGCUGUUCUGGACCUUUGGCAGACGACUGUGACACCUGCUCCACAUUCAGUCCCAAACUCUAUAAGGGCACAUGUUCAAAGGUGUGCCAGACUGGCACCUACUAUGAGGAUGCAGCUGCAGAGUGUCAAGAGUGCCAUCAGACUUGUACAAGCUGCUCCGGACCAGACCCGAACCAGUGCACCCAGUGUGAACGGGGCCUGGUGCUGGACCCGAACACACUCCUAUGUGGGGUGACCGGUGAUAGCGACUGCCCCCCGAAGACCUUCCUGCACGACGACCAGUUCACAUGCAUAGGCUGCCAUCGCCACUGCUACUCCUGCGAAGGGCCUGGCAGCCAUGAGUGUCUCACUUGUGCUGUCCCAACAUACCUUCACAACAGGACUUGCGUGAACGAGUGUCCAGCUGGUACGUACACGACGAGGCAGGAGGCAGACGGAACCCAGCUGGGGUUCUGUUUACCGUGUGACCGCGUGUGCGCCACCUGUACAGGGGUGUCGCCCAAAGACUGCCUGGCGUGUGCACCCGGAUACUUACACCUCCUUCAUCUGUGUGUCAGCCAUUGUCCUACCGGGUACUACCAAGCCGGCGUCCACUGUAAGAAAUGCGACCACUCCUGUGAGAUGUGCACGGGUCCGGGACCAGAGUCCUGUCGGCCUUGUCUCCCUCCUCUUCUGGAGCUGCAAGGAACCAAGAUGUGUGUUGAACGUUGCCCACAACGCUUCUACCAGCUGGACGAGGUGUGCAAGCAGUGCCACAUCAGUUGUCGCACCUGCACAGACGCCUCUCCUCAGAGCUGUGUGACGUGCGACAAUGGCAGCACGCUGAAGGACAAAGUCUGUUAUCCACGCUGUGAGGAGGGGAAGUACUUCACUGAAGAGGCAACCUGUGCGCCAUGUGACCGCUCAUGCAAACACUGCAGUGGUCCCAGACCUGACCAGUGUCUGAUUUGUCACCAAGAUUUUGGUCUUCACGCCGUGGAGAGUCGCUGUGCCCGCUGCUGCCGGGCAGGCGGCAACCAUUCAGACUGUUGUGUUUGUGACAGCCGCUCAGCUCUGUGUGUGGAGAUCACCGGACCCAGGUCAGGCGAGGAGCUGGUGACCGACAUGAACAUGUCAUCGAGAGUGCUCAAACACACCUCGGUGGCCGCGCCCGUAGCCCUGCUGGCGGUGCUGGUUUUGGCUGUGCUGGCCUUGGCUUUGGUGAAGGCCCGAGCCAGGAAGAGGCUCUGCUGGAAGCAAAGUUACGAGAGACUGAGCGGCAGCGCCAACAUGCCUCACGGCGUGCCUGAACCGGACAGCGGGGACGAGGUGGACGUGGUGUACACCAGCAGAGGAGGCUCGGUGUAUCGGCGCUACAGUUUCAUCCACGAGCGGGACGCCCACGCUGAUCCUGUGGACGAGAGCACUUGUCUCAACCAGUCCUAGACCGGACCCCCCUGAAGGGUACCAACUGAGAACACUGUGAUGUGUACGCCAGGUCACUAGAUGGCAGCCUUUGUGGCACAAGUCACCGUAUCAAUAGGAGGAGUUUUAGUGGUUCAAAAGUAAAAUGAUGAAUAUUUGUUGCUA